GGGGCGCAGGGCGAGCCCGGCGGGUCCGCAGGCUCCGCCCUGCCCUGUCCGGGCCCUGAGAAAAGGCCGACGCGGCGGGGACAGCUGAGCGUGAGCGGCGGCGGGGAGGGCAGUUUUGUCUUUUAGAGAGCGAAAUGUCAUCAGUGGAAUCACACCAGGAGCAGUUGUCUCAGUCAGAUCCAUCCCCAUCACCAAACUCAUGUAGUUCCUUUGAGUUAAUAGACAUGGAUGCUGGCGGUUUGUAUGAACCAGUUUCUCCACACUGGUUUUAUUGUAAGAUAAUAGAUUCUAAGGAGACAUGGAUUCCUUUCAACUCUGAGGAUUCCCAGCAACUGGAAGAGGCAUAUGACUCUGGAAAAGACUGUAAUGGGAGAGUUGUCCCCACGGAUGGGGGAAGAUAUGAUGUUCAUUUGGGGGAGAGGAUGCGGUAUGCUGUAUACUGGGAUGAACUUGCAUCGGAAGUGAGACGAUGUACCUGGUUUUACAAGGGAGACAAAGACAAUAAAUAUGUUCCCUACUCGGAGAGCUUCAGCCAAGUGUUAGAGGAAACUUAUAUGCUUGCUGUAACUCUGGAUGAAUGGAAAAAGAAACUGGAGUCUCCCAACAGAGAAAUUAUUAUAUUACACAAUCCAAAGCUCAUGGUGCAUUACCAGCCAGUUGCAGGGUCUGAUGAAUGGGGUUCAACACCCACUGAGCAAGGUCGACCAAGAACAGUGAAGCGAGGUGCUGAGAACAUCUCUGUUGACAUUCAUUGUGGAGAACCUUUACAAAUAGAUCACUUGGUUUUUGUAGUUCAUGGAAUUGGACCGGCUUGUGAUCUCCGCUUUCGAAGCAUUGUACAGUGUGUGAAUGAUUUUCGAAGUGUUUCCUUAAACUUGCUACAGACACAUUUUAAGAAAGCCCAAGAAAAUCAACAGAUUGGAAGGGUAGAAUUUCUUCCAGUCAACUGGCACAGUCCUUUGCAUUCUACAGGUGUAGAUGUAGAUCUGCAGCGGAUAACCCUGCCCAGCAUCAACCGCCUCAGACACUUCACCAACGACACUAUUCUGGAUGUCUUCUUCUACAACAGCCCCACCUACUGUCAGACUAUUGUGGACACAGUAGCUUCUGAAAUGAACAGAAUAUACACACUUUUUCUGCAGAGGAACCCUAAUUUCAAAGGCGGUGUAUCUAUUGCUGGUCAUAGUUUAGGUUCGCUUAUAUUGUUUGAUAUCCUAACAAAUCAGAAAGAUUCUUUGGAGGGUAUUGACAAUGAAAAGUGUUCACUAAAUACCGUUAUGGAUCAAGGAGACACACCAACACUAGAGGAAGAUUUGAAGAAACUUCACCUCUCUGAAUACUUUAAUAUCUUUGAGAAGGAGAAAGUAGAUAAGGAAGCUCUGGCUUUAUGUACAGACAGAGAUCUUCAGGAAAUGGGAAUUCCCUUAGGACCAAGAAAGAAGUUACUAAACUAUUUCGGGACCAGGAAACAUUCAGUGGGUAUUAAUAGACCAACUAUACCAUCAGCUUCAGAGGUGAACAGUCCCAAAGAAUCUGAAUUCUGCAGUACUAGAAAUGUUACUAAAAAUGAUGAUUGUUUAGAUGUUGGCAUCGGGCAGGUGUCUAUAAGAUACCCCCGUCUCAACUAUAAACCAGAAAUAUUCUUUGCCUUUGGAUCUCCCAUUGGAAUGUUUCUUACAGUUCGAGGACUGAAAAGAAUUGAUCCUAAUUACAAAUUCCCAACAUGCAAAGGUUUCUUCAAUAUUUAUCAUCCUUUUGAUCCUGUGGCCUAUAGGAUUGAACCAAUGGUGGUUCCAGAUGUAGAAUUUGAGCCAAUGUUGAUCCCACAUCAUAAAGGCAGGAAGCGGAUGCACUUAGAACUGAGAGAAGGCUUGACCAGGAUGAGUAUGGACCUUAAGAACAAUUUACUAGGUUCACUUCGAAUGGCCUGGAAAUCUUUCACCAGAGGUCCAUACCCUGCUUUACAAGCUUCAGAAACAGCAGAAGAAACUGAAGUAGAACCUGAGUCAAGUUCAGAGAAGUCCAGUGAUGUUAACACAGAAGAGACUCCUGUGAUAAUUAAAGAAGAAGUCCCUCCCAUCAAUGUGGGCAUGCUUAAUGGAGGCCAGCGCAUUGACUAUGUGCUACAGGAGAAACCCAUUGAAAGUUUUAAUGAAUACUUAUUUGCUUUGCAAAGCCAUUUAUGCUACUGGGAGUCUGAAGAUACGGUAUUGCUGGUCCUCAAAGAGAUCUAUCAAACCCAGGGUAUUUUUCUUGAUCAGCCCUUGCAAUAAAAGUGCCCCAUCUGUGGCUGCUUAAUACGGACAUUGAGGGUGCCUUCCCCCAAGAAUUUUGCCGCAAUUUUCUUCUCUUCAACUGCAUCAUUUCUGCAUGUUGCCUGCCACUUACUCACCAUUGGGUCUUUGGAAGAUAUUUCUUUUUAGGAGUGGAUAAACAAAGGAAAGACCCUAUUAACCUUUUACCACCAGCUUUGUAUAAACCUUGCUGUUCUUU